AUGAGUGACAAGCAAAAGGGCCUUGAGCAGGCUAUAAAGGAGUUAUUUUCAGAUGCUGCACAUAUGCAUUGUGUCAGACAUCUCCACAAUAACUUCAAGUCAGAUGGACAUCAAGGAUUGGAACUGAAGGAUAAACUAUGGGCUAUUGCUAGAAGCUGCACAAUGAAUCAAUUCAGGGAUGCUUUGGAGGACAUGAAGAAGAGCUCAACUACUGUGAGAGUUUCAACAAAAGCAUCCUACCAGCUAGGAAGAAGCCCAUACUUGGUUGUUAAUUUGGAAGACAUAAGAGCUGCCACAAUGGUGAGGUUAGCUAAUAGAGGACAAUCUGGCCCUAAUUGGAGGUGUAAUGUUGGCCCAAGAAUUGAGAAGCAAUUGAAGAAAAAUGCUGAGCUUAGCCAUGAAUACAGAGUUAUCAAUUCAAGUAAUAACAUUUUUGAGAUUCAAGGAAGAGGUGUAGCAUGUGCUAGUGGUGUGGUGGCUGCACAUUCAGUUUCAUUGGAAGCAAGGACCUGCACUUGCAAGAGAUGGGACAUCUCUGGGGUACCAUGUGGGCAUGCAGUAGUUGCAAUUCACUCCAAAGGCUUGAGGCCUGAUGAUUUUGUGCAUGAUUACUUCACCAAGAACACAUACAUGAAGGCUUAUGACCCAGUAAUGUUCCCAAUAUCUGGAGUGGCUGAGUGGGACAAGAUACAUAGGCCAAUUGCACCUCCUUUUUAUAGGAGGCAACCUGGGAGACCCAAAAUGUCAAGGAACAAAGAACAAGGUGAGAAUGUGGUGCAGCAGCAGGCAAAUGAGGGAGAGCAGCAGCAAGAUCCUCAGGAAGCUGAACCUGUCCAGCAAUAG